AUCCAUGAUUUUCCCGCCAUUAUUUGAUAAAAACCCCUGCUUGAUUUUCGAAGCAAGACGACAAUCACAAAAUCCGACGAUGGCCGGAGAAGGAGAGGAAGAUAUUGCUCCGACUAAUCUGAAAACAUCCUUUCCAACGGGUCGCGUCAAGAGAAUCAUGAAACUCGACAACGAGAUUAACAAGAUCAACUCGGAAGCCCUAUUUCUGAUCACGUCUUCCGCCGACCUUUUCCUCAAGUUCCUCGCCGAGAAAUCUGGCCAAGUCGCAAUCGAGAAGAAACGCAAGACAGUCAAUCUGGAGCACCUGAGAACUGCAGUUGAGAAUCACCAGCCGACCAACGAUUUCCUCCUGGAUUCCUUACCGAUUUCCUCCCAACCCUUGGAACGCGCUCCAGUAGAUCGUAAUAAAACUCGUCAUGCUGAUCUCGCUCCCCCUCCUGGCACUCGUCGCAUAGACCAAUUCUUUAAAAAGAGUUCCUAAUCUUUAAUAUCUUCAAUUUUGUCAGAUCUACUGGCUAUAGCUUGUUCUCAAUUCUGUUUGUAGUAGUUCUAGCUGUUAGAGUUUGAUUCCUGCAGCUUAACUCAUUUUGGAUCUAUGUCAUUAACUAGUUCAAGGAAAAUCACCUUCCUUUUUACUCA